UGCUCAUAUCACUGCUCCUGCAAAGAGAACUACGCUUUUAGCUCAGUAUUUUAGUACUUUUGCACUUCUGAACCUUUUCAAAGUCGUUCGUAAGCAGGAGUUUAUAGCUUAAAGAUCCACUUUAAGCUGCAAGUUGCUCGUUAUUUUGUCGACAAAAUCAGCCAUAACCAUGACAAGACGAAGUGGUCGCCUGCAGAAAAGAUCUGAAAUUGCACCUGGGCAGAAAUGCAAAGCAACCAAGCAAAGCAACAGAAAAAAGGUUCAGCCCCUGUCAAAGCUGCAGUGUGAGAAGAACCAGCUGGUGCUUGAAGGUGUCUCCAAGCCUUGUGUUCUCAUUGAGAUGCCUGAGAAGGUAGUGAGGGACGACUUUGAGUCCGGCUAUAUAGUUCUCACUUCCAGUGAUUCUUCUGUCCGGCCGUCUCCUCUUCUUCAUCUUGGACGGGGAUCUUCAGACGAUGUGUGGGUGAAGAUGGUCGGUAAGGAGCAGUGUUACAGACACAGCAAGAGUUUCAUGCAGAAGCACCCGAGAAUACAACCCAGAAUGAGAUCCAUCCUCCUCGACUGGCUAAUUGAGGUGAGUGAGGCGUACACCCUUCACCGGCAGACCUUCUACCUGGCACAAGACUACUUCGACCGGUUCAUGCUGACACAGGACAACAUUGAAAAGGGCAUGCUGCAGCUCAUCGGGAUAACUUGUCUAUUCAUAGCAUCAAAAAUGGAGGAAGCCUGUCCUCCCAAACUCUCACAGAUGGCGUACGUGACUGCUGGCACCUACUAUGAACACGAGAUUCUUCAAAUGGAGUUAAUCAUUUUGAAGGCGUUAUGUUGGAACCUCUGUCCCGAAACCGCUGUGUCGUGGCUGAAGCUUUACUUCCAGAUGGCAUCAAUGAACUCCGACUCUGACCUGCUCGAGUCGCAGUUUCCACAGGACACAUAUGUACAGAUGACACGACUUUUAGAUCUGUGUAUCCUCAACAUAAACUCACUGGACUUCCAGUAUCGAGUGUUGGCCGCUUCGGUCUUGUGCCAUUUCAUUCAACAGGAAGCGGUUGAAAAGCUCUCAGGUCUGUCAAAAGAUGCCAUCCAGCCGUGUGUCAACUGGAUGGCCCCCUACGUAGAGUCGGUGAGCCGGUUCGGCAGAGCGACACUGCGGGAUUUCGCCAGAGUAAAGUCAGAAGACCGACACAACAUCCAGACGCACACAGACUACAUGACCAUGCUGGAGGACAUUAAUCAACAAGAGGUAAACAGCCAGUUCCCCACUCCUCCCAACAGCACAGAGAAAACACUCUGCACACACUGAAUUACAAGAUGACUGAUGUGAGUGUGAACGAAGACGACACAGGGUUGAAUUUCUCACAAAGACAGACUCUUGUUUACUGGAGACGCCUGCCAGUCAAAGAGACGACUGUUAACAGGAAUACAGAGUCUGACGGAAGGUUGUUUCUCACCCUGCUGAUGUGAGAGAUCUGUCACUGAAUGCAUUAUCCAGGACAAUGUGCCUGUAUUUUAAAGAAUCUUGGCCAAAGCUUUUUGUCCAGAACUUUUUAGCAUUUUUUUUUAGCAAGUAACUGGGUGCUUUUGAUUCAGAAAAGAAAAAUGUUUUUUAAAAAAAAAAAAGUUUCCAAGUUUGCUUUAAGUUAUGAUUUCCAAGAAAUUACUUUGCAUUACUGAAUGUGAUGUGCGAUUGUUUACUUUUUGUGCAUAUUAAAUAUGUUCAUAGCUAACAGGUAACGUUAAAUGCUUCGGAGUAUGACUGUAUAAUAUGAGUAUAGUGCAGCUACUUCUCCUGUCAACCAGAUUGUCUGAUUAUGAAACUUUGAAAUAUGAAAUGUUCUGUAUGAGUCUGCACUUCAGGUGACUUUAUUCAACACUGGUGAAUAAAGUACAGACUCUUGUAGUUCAUUCAUAUUGCUCAGUUUUCUUUAUGCUAUUAUAAACAAGGCAUUUUGUGACUCAGGGCAAUGGAUAGUCUGUGAUUUUACUCAUUUUAAGAAUUCAUCACAAAUGAUUACGAGUGUACAAAUGAGCUACUAUUUAUUUAGAAAUGUAUUUUCUACUGCAAAAUAAAAAUGUACAUUGCCACACCCCCCCC